AUGGAGGACAACCUAGACAUACCAGAGGAGUCUAUGCGACACAUUGAGGCCCUGCUGGCGAGGCAUCCUCCACAUUUGAUCCAGAGAAUGUUUUCUCAAGCGAUAGAUUCGCGUACGUUCCUCGUUGUGCCGAAACUCUACAGCCUCGUCAUUCAUGUCUACCAGCACCGCGAGCUCAUCUACAACAUCCUCGUCGGGGUCAUCAUGGCGGUCUCGGCUUUCUAUGGCAUCAACAUUUUCUUCAUCUACAGGGAGUAG